AUGACGGAAAUUAGGUCCUCGCAAGCUGGUCUGGAGGAUCCAGCUCGUGCUCGGAAUGGAAAUGUCUCGGGAGAUCCCAAGCGGGACAGGAGGCAGUCCGAGGAGUCCUUACAAGCACCAUCUGCGUUAGGCGAACCUGAAUCUCGCCAGACCCCGUCCAAGAACAUCGCCAAACCAUCCAUAAUCACCGAUGUAUCAGAGGCACAGGCGACCUUUCGCCAGGCCUUUCCCAGCAUCUAUGGUGCUCGAACCCCGUCGAAUCGCUCCUCCUCGAGUUCGCUACAAGCCCUCAACGAAGACACGGUUGUCGAUGUCCGAUCGGAAAAUGGAAGCAUUGGACGCAGCCCCCGCCGGGCUUCUCGACAAUCCGACCAUGAAUUACCGGUAUACCCCGAUCAAUCGUAUGCCUCGCUUCAGUCUCAGAUACACCCGAACUGGCGGGCACCUCACCUCUUCCAACCCGAUCCGCUGCCACGCCAUUCGUACGCCCGUGGUAUACGUACCGCGGGUAACACUCCGAUUUCGAGCCCUGGGCUGUUCUCUAUGAGACAUCCUCAUUUGAAGACACCCUCUGGCUCUGACGACGAAAGUUUGAGUAGCACAUACCUCCACCCAACACAUCUUAAUCCGCCCAAAGAAACCCACACCGCUGAAGUGGAUCGCGAUAUUAUCACUGGAAACAAAACCAUCAAUCAAUACGAGAUUCUCGAGGAGCUGGGACGAGGUGAACACGGCAAAGUGAAACUAGGCCAGCAUGUUACGACUAAGCAGAAGGUUGCCAUCAAGAUUGUUCAGCGCUACUCCACUCGUCGUCGAUUAGGCAAGCUUGGUAACCCAGAAGACAAAGUGAAAAAGGAGGUGGCUAUUCUGAAGAAGGCGCGGCACCCGAAUGUGGUCAGUCUGCUCGAGGUCAUCGACGAUCCGAACCGACAAAAAGUGUACAUUGUGCUGGAAUAUGUCGAGAAUGGUGAGAUCUUAUGGCGCAAGAAGGGUCUACGAGAGAUCGUCCACGUCGACAAGCUACGUCUCGAGCGGGAGAAAAAUGGAAUCCCUGACACUCCCGCCUUCCUGGAAGAGAGUCACCAAUUUAUUCGAACUGCACAGCAUCUGCGGCGACAGCGUGAACGGGCUCGCGAGCGAGUUGAGGCCCAGGCUGCCGAUGCUCAACAAGGGCCGAUUCCUGCGUGGAGUCUGGAGCAUGGUGUGGAGUCCUCGGACGAGGAGGAAGAUGAGGACGGUGGCUUGAUGAUCAGAUCAAUCAGUCGUCGUUCUGUCGCAGUAACUGAUGACUCAAGUCCAUCCUCUGCCCAGGAUGCAUCUUUAAAUGCAGUCGAGGGCACCAUGUAUGGUGCAUACUCGGAUUACCCAUUCGAGCGCCGUUUCAGCACAGCCUCGAGUAGCUUUGGUUACGCUCCUUCUGAACCUGAAUGGUCUGCUGAGGGUGAUGACAUGGCAUACGUCCCAUGCCUGACCAUCGCUGAAACUCGCAGUGCCUUCCGUGACUCAGUUCUUGGCUUGGAAUAUCUUCAUUACCAAGGUAUCAUUCACCGUGACAUCAAGCCGGCCAAUCUACUCGUUACCAGUAAUCAUCGGGUGAAGAUCUCCGAUUUUGGCGUUUCGUACUUGGGUCGUCCAAUGCGUGACGAAGAAGAAGAGCAGGUCGGUGAAACUGAUGCCGCGGAAUUGGAUGAUGCCCGUGAGCUCUCCAAGACUGUCGGCACACCUGCCUUCUACGCACCUGAGUUGUGUUAUACCGGCGAUGACUUCGUUGAGACCAUCGGGUCGAUCCCCAAGAUCACCGGCGCCAUAGACGUUUGGUCUUUGGGUGUCACGCUAUAUGGAAUGAUCUUUGGCCGUCUACCGUUCGUCUCGGACGACGAGUACAGUAUGUUCCAGACCAUUGUGAAGAACGAAGUGUUCAUUCCACGGAAGCGCCUUGUGCCCGUAAUUGACGACUCUUCUGACUCCAAUCAAUGGAACUUGAGGAACAGCGAUGAGCUUCUGUAUGAGGACAUCGAGGACGAGCUAUACGAUUUACUCAGACGCCUGUUGACCAAGGAUCCAGUCAAGCGGAUAACGCUUAAGGAAAUCAAGCACCACCCUUGGACCCUUCACGGUCUUCCCAAUCCCCGAAUCUGGAUUGAGGAAACUGAUCCUGGUUUCCAAAGCAAGGGUAAGCGAAUCGAGGUUUCGAACGAGGAAGUCACCAGUGCCGUCAGCAAGGUUCCAUUCAUUCAACGCGUUCGAUCCAAUGUCGCCAAAUGGUUUGGGGGCCGAUCAAAGGACAAGGAACCUCGCAAGCGCACGUCGAGCACAACGCCCUCAACUGAAACCCUCUCCUCCGCCUCGAGUAGCACAUUCGGUAAAGGCUCUCGUGACAGUCGCCCAACCAGUCUGCGAGGAGAUGAGGAUUUCUUCCGGCCGCUCAAGUUUGGCAGCCAAGGACAUCCUCUUGCUCAAAGCGUUACUGCUAGCCCAGUGGAUGAAGGCUGCCCCGCCCCCAGCUGUGACACCACGACCUGCCCCUCCUCGACGCGCAAAGUCUUCCAUGUCUACAGCGGAAUCCACCAAGACUGUCAAACCAUCCACUCUCGAUAUCCCCUUGCCGGUUCGGAAAGGGGGGAUGCACGCUCUUCCAUCAUCGAAGCACUAGGAUCGACCAACUUCGGCAGUCUUUUCAGUGGCGCAACCCGACGGGCAUCACGCGGUAGUCGCAGUCGACGCACAUCCCCGUCUGGCGAGUCAGGAUGUCACAAUGAAGAGCAACGCUCUGAGCCUAGCAUCGCUGUCAGCAAUGCAUCAGCUCAGGGCCAAGUUCGGACAACCGGUCUGUGGCAUGAUGAAGAUCAUCCCACUCCAGAGAAGCUGAAUCCUGGGUCUGCACACCGACGCAACCGAUCUCAGCAGCUUGCGGGUAAGUCGUCUGCAGAAUCAUUCCAUCUCACGAGAGACGCACUCCUGCGCCGCAGGAGAAGCGAUAUCGACGCAACUGAGGGUGGUACACUACGAGUUGACUACGCGAUGUACUCCACCGAGUCUCUCCUCCUGCCUCCCAUGGCGCCGCCCGCGGACUCUGGAUGCCCUGCAGAUAAUCCCAACAAUCGACAUCCAAACUCUAAUCCGGCUACGAUAUCUUCGUCUUCGGCCGAUGACUUCACCAGCGGCAUGUCGCAGAGUGCUUCACACCCCAGCAUCCCGUCCGUUGUGUCGAAUGCUUCUUCGCUCUCAGGCGAUGGGCUCUACUCAAGGGACAAGGAUCUCGAGGAAGUCCCCUCGAUACUCCGCACAGGUGAAACCGUCAAACCCAUUCGCUCUGGCUCACCCCGGCCGUCUGAAGAAGACGAGUCGAGGUACUACUGCGAUGACGAGGAUGAAGAGGAGUCGGAAGAUGAAGGUCUCGUCAUUGGGAAAAAGAAACCGGCACCAGCAUCAAAGCUUGCUAACCCUCCACAACCCUCAAACUAA